CUUAUAAAGAAAGAUCCUCGUUAAAGUAAGCGAGAGUAGCUCAAGAAAGUUUAAUUUACGAGGUUCAAUCUAUCAAGAGACUUGCUGUUUAAUUCCAACAAUAUGAAAUUGCUUUGCUCAGAACAGAUUCGCGUGUUUGUGCUAUUGCUGACUUUUUCAGCGAUUGUUGUGAAAGGUAAUAAGUACAGUAAAGGAACUCGCAAAAGCGGUUCGUGUGUCGGGGACUACUGUGAACCCAAAGACGAAUACGACGAGCCGUGUUUCGACGAAGGCCGGAAGGGCGAUCGUGGGACGAUAGACGAACCGACAACCGAAGAUGAAGACGAAGCGGAGGAAGAUGAGUUCGAGGAAUUUGAUUACCCCAAGGAAGGAUUGUUCCGCUGGGAUCCUGUCGAGAUUGGGCAUACAAGGGAAUUAGAACUGGAACCUGGUAAAAGGUUUACAGUGAAAACGAGAGCUUUGGAUCCCCCCAUUUUCGAAAUUCCAGACUUUCUCACCGAAGAAGAAUGCGAGGGUAUCAUGGCUCGGACAAAGAAGCGAGGUUUAUUCACCAGCCAUGUUCAUGUUGAUCCCGAGUCCAGGGAAUACGAGAAGAAGACGAAAGAAUUGGUUGGUCAUGCAAAAUCUCCUGCUGGGAAGUUCUUCAACUGGGAUUUCAAUAGGGACAAUGUCAUAUCGAAGGAAGAGUUGAAAAAAUUUGCAGCCGAAAGCAAAUAUCUUUACUUGACUGAUGAAGAAGUUGAUGAAAUGAUAGCUAAUUUGGAACUGAGAGAAUUUGACGACGGGGUGGUGACGAGGGAAGAGUUCAAGAAUCUGCGAACGGCAGGUAUUGAGAAGUACAUCUUGGAAAUGAAGAAAACACAUCCGAAGCAUCGGGAUCGCUUUAGCCAGCAAACAUGGCUGCCACAGAGAGGGACUGGGGACCAAAUGUUGAGAAAGAUACGAAGAAGGGUUUCAAAAUUAACGAAACUCCCAAUGAAUGUCGUGGCAGGGGGAGAACAUUUACAGGUUGUCCACUACAACGUGAAUGGUCACUACCAUGCGCAUUAUGAUUCGCAAUCCAAUACGCAGUUCCCACAGUAUAAAUGUUGUCACCAGAACCUCGAUAAACUGCCCGAAUGCAGGCUGUGCAGAUACAUUACUGUUCUUUAUUAUUUGAACCAACCUGAGGCUGGCGGUGAAACGGCUUUCCCUGCGGCAGAUGUCGAAGGAUUCAAUGAAACGGAAUUUAGACUUCGAAAGAAAGGAGACAAAUACAACCUGAGCCAGUUCUGCCACAGCGCUUCGCUGGUAAUCCCACCGAAGCGUGGUACGGCCAUAAUGUGGUAUAACCACUUCCUGGAUGACUCUGGCUGGUUGGCAGACCUCGAUUGGAAAACCUUGCACGGGGGGUGCGAUAUUCUGAAGGGAGAGAAGUGGAUCGCGAACAACUGGUUGACGGCCCCCAACAAUGACGAAAAACACAUUCCGAGCAAUUACUACAUCAAGGAACUCGAGGAUAGCGAGGAACUCACGGAAGACGGAGGAUACGAUUGGAAUGAUGACAACGACGAUUAGACUUUGAGGGACUGGAUGAGUUUAAUGAAAUUUAUAAUGCAAGUGUGAAGAUAAACGGAAAAGAGUUGAACCAAAUGACGAGAACACAUGCAAUAACAUAUAAGAUAGGAAUUUUUAAAAGAUAGAAAUAUAUAAAAAUGGUAUAAAAAUAGUGCGUAUAAAGCGUAUAAAAAUAAUGUUGAAUAAUUCAAGUGAUUUCCUCAGGAAUAUUCUAACUUUUUGAAGCGAUUUUGUAUGUUUAGACUUAAUGAAAAUAA